GACUCAAGCCAAUGUUGACAUGCGCCGCAUCAUCGCGUCCCCCUCCCUCACGUCGGCCUUCCCUAACAUAGCUACCUGGGUAGACCACAUCGUAUACCUCAGUCAAUUCUUCCUCGAACAAUGAUGGGUCUCUCACGUGCGGAUAUUUCAGAGCUUCGAUCUCUAUUGCGGCAAGCUGUGAUUAGUUGCUCCGAACGAUGCCAAUAUCAAUCUACUAAAUGAUAUCUUUAGCCCACAAACAGAUCCAGUCGAGCUGCAGCUGGAACAAAAUGAGCUGCCCCAGUAUCUCAUGGCAAAAGCUCUCUUCGAUUGCCACGAAUUUCAACGCUGUGCAGCCGUUUUUAUACCUAGCACAUCUUCCGAGCAUGUAUUUGCAAUGCGAACUAAUUCGAAUAGUCCUGCCCAUGGAAAAGUUCCUCCAUUGACAUGUAAAGCAAUGAGCCAGAGAGCGCUAUUUCUGGCUGGGUAUGCCCUCCUAAUAGCCGGUGAAAAGGAGAAGAUGGAGGAAGUGGGCCAAGUUCUUGGGCCGUCAGAUACUGGUGCUAUCGUUAAUAAGCAGUUGGCACCUAUCAGAAAAAUGCUAGCUACUUGGUUCAACGAGGCACAACAAAAGUCUCCAAAGCAUGGGCGAAGUCAGGGCUGGCUGGAAUACUUGUACGGACUAGCUCUAGCGAAAGAUAAGAAUCAUGAUCUGGCAAUAUCAUGGCUGCUGAAAAGCGUUUCGCUAUAUCCUUGGAACUGGGGUGCGUGGCAGGAGCUGACCAGCCUAAUCCGUGAUGGCGAGCAUUUCAAAUGGGUUCAGUCCCAACUAAACCCUACUAUCAUGGCUUUCAUCUUCUCAGUCCACUGCCGCCAGGAGCUGCAUCUUCUUUCGACAUCUCUUGUUUCUGAGAUUUCUCAGUUGCAAAGCAUUUUUCCUCGCAGCUUGUUUCUUGAUAGUCAACGAGCACUGGUCUUUUAUCGUAUGAAAGAUCUUCAUGAAGCCAGCUCAAUCUUCUCGAAAAUGUUGGGGUAUGAUCCAAGACACCUGGAUUUCAUAGACCACUACUCGAAUAUAUUAUACAAACUAGGCUCCCGCGAAAGGCUUGCCUUUGUGGCUCAGCUCGCCUCUACCAUUGAUCGGUAUCGACCCGAGACUUGCUGCGUCAUUGGCAACUAUUAUUCUCUCUCUUCGCGCCAUGAAGAUGCCAUUACCCAUUUCAGGCGUGCGCUUCUCCUGGACCGCAACUUUGCCUCAGCUUGGACAUUGUUAGGGCACGAAUAUGUCAAACUGGAAAACACCCACGCUGCUAUAGAUUCUUACCGGCAUGCUGUUGAUAUCAACAACAAGGAUUAUCGAGCUUUCGUCGGCCUAGGCCAGGCAUAUGAAGUGCUGGAAAAGCCAGCAUUUUCCUUGUACUAUUAUCGACGAGCAGUCGCGUUGCGCCCGGCUGAUAUGGACCUGUGGCAGAUGAUGGCCAAUUGCUUGCAAGGUAUGUCUAGAUUGCCUCAGGCGAUAGAUGCCGUGAAGAAGGGUAUUGCCUGUGCUAGGUCUCAUACUGAGAACUAUUCCGGAGGUGAUCUGGAUACCACAUGUCAACGCAUCGAGCUGCUCUUUCAACUAGCCAACCUGUACGAGGAAUCUCAAAAUCGGCCACAUGCUAUUAAGUGUCUAGAGAUCUGCCUAGAAGAAUCUACUGCAAUAGAGGGCAGUCUCGACAAAACAGACGAGACCUCGAAACGCAUAGUCACAUCGAUCCUACCCAGCACACGAUUACUUUUGGAACAGUGGGCAACGGCGAACAGUGAAUAAUUAAAUAGACGUCUCUAAUGUCAUAUUCUCAAGGCCAGGACAUUCUAGCACUCUGAAUCUAACUUCCUACAUCAAUUUGACCGGCUCUCCUCAUCCUCUUUUUCGAUCGGCAUAUCGGCAGAGGUUUAGCCAGAAGAAGAAAGUCCAUUACCUAUCUCCUUAUUGUACCUACAAGCCUCAUCCCACAAAUACCUCGUCUCACGAAUCUUCUCCAUCUUAGAAGAGUGCACUGGCCAUUCGUUCAACUUGUGUUUGGAGCUGGAAAAGAGUUUGGAGAGUGUGGCGUUGACCUGUUCAGAAAAUAUCACUGAUUAGUUCAUUGUUUCCAGAUCAGUACAAAUGAAGAACGGUGGGAGGGGCCAGGGACUCACGCUAGUAUUACCACUGUUAAUACCGCCAUCGCCCCAAAUCCCACCACCAGCUUUCACAUCAUGAUCGAUAAGGUUCAGGUACACGGAAUCGACUAGCUUGAUCAGAGCCUCGGGGAUCUCUUCUUGGAGGUCAGACUUGAGAGUGGCGAGUUUGGGGUUGGUUUCGGGCUUGGUCUGCCAGGUCCUGAUAUCAAGAGGGUCAGCAUUUAUUUCGUUGGAUGAGCUUGUGUAAAUUUCAAAGUCGAAUACCGGAUUUGAGAUUGAACCACGGGUGCCGUAAGAUAAGGGAGUGAUUAUGGUAUGCAUGGGAGGAGUCUGGGCGUAACGACUUACCAAGCAAUGUCAAUCACAUGCCCCACGCACUUGGACAUCCACCAAUCUGCAAUCCACGGCUCGGCGUCUAGACAGGCUUUCCAGUAUGAAUGGCGAUGUUCAGUGUAGGAUGUGAAGGGGAUGGGUACUGUCUCAGCUGGGCCAUGGUCGGGUAGGAAGAGUGAUUCGGGAUUGUCUUCUUGAGUAGAGCAGGAUGGGAAGAAGUCGUCUUUGAGGAGGAAAUAAAUAAAUAUUACAAACAUAUCAGCU